CUCGGUCUCGGGCGCUCCAGGGGCGGGUGGGGUGGGCUGAGCCAGGGCCGCCGCCGCCGCUGCCUCCGCGGGAGAGAGGCCGAGAGCAGAGCCGGCGCGGGUCCCGGAAGAGAGCGCAGCCGCCGGACGCUCGGUUCCCGUCCCGGUCGAGGCCAGGGGCGCGCGGCGAUGUGAGCCAUGAGCGCGACGUGGACGCUGUCCCCCGAGCCGCUGCCGCCGUCGACGGGGCCCCCGGUGGGCGCGGGCCUGGACGCGGAGCAGCGCACAGUGUUCGCCUUCGUACUCUGCCUGCUCGUGGUGCUGGUGCUGCUGAUGGUGCGCUGCGUGCGCAUCCUGCUCGACCCCUACAGCCGCAUGCCCGCCUCGUCCUGGACCGACCACAAGGAGGCGCUCGAGCGCGGGCAGUUCGAUUACGCGCUGGUCUGAGCCGAGCGGGGUUUCUCGCCGAGGGCCGACCCGACGGGGGCGCCGCCUGGCCGGGAUGGCGCUCAGGAUCCCACCCCAGAUCCUAGCCCGAGGGGACAGGGCGUUAGAAGUCCGGCUCCUCCCCCUCAGACCCCUCCCAUCUUUCCUCCCGGCCUGGCCGGAGCCCCACUUCGUGCCUUUAUCCCGCCCCGUCCUCGCUCCGUGACUCACCGGCCCGGCUGGUCCCCUACUGCCUCCCCGACGGGGAAGAGGACCCCCUCCCCCACCCCAAGGCGUAUUGGUGGCUCUGCUACUGUCCUGCCGCCGCCGAGCAUGACUGUCGUGUCCAUUCCUGGAUGCGGGGGACCCCCGUGUCCCCCUCCCUCCCCUGUGGUCUGGCCAUCCUCACUCCCCCAACCCCGACCCGUCGCCUCGCCCCCCACCCUUAAGUGUUGAGCUGCUCCUGCGGGACAGGCUCUCCUGGGCCCACGGGGUGGACGCUGCAUAGCAAUAUGCCCUGCGUGGCCUGCCCCCGGAGACCGAGACUGGAGAGCAACAAUGGCUGUUGUGUCCAGGAUGCGUGACGCCUGCGGUGGGAGGAGAGUGCGGGCAGGUUCCCUUCCGCUCCAGCCCCGGCCCCAGUCCAGGUCAGCGCCCUUCCCCCAGUCACCACCUCCGCCCCGCACUGGCUUUCCUGCCAUCUCCCCCGGAUCCCUGCUCCCAUCCCCGCCUGGCCUCACCCACGCCUUCUCCCUCCUCCCAGCCCCCGAGCCAUUGGUGAAAAUAAAAGCUAUUACUGAGCGCUUA